AUGAUCGGCAAACUCAUCGUUUACUCGCUAAUCGGUUUCGUACUUUAUUUUGUUGGUGAUGUGCUUUAUCGUUUGGAUUUGAACAAAAGAGUUUACAAUCAUCGACCGGGUUUCUGCCAAAAAGUGAAAGGAUUAGAUCAUGGAUCAGAACAUGUUGAAUAUGUGGAAAAAGAGAAAAUUGCUUUCCUUUCUUCCGGAGUUCAAGCUUUGUUUGAAGAAAAUGGACCAAAAGGAGCUAUUUAUCUCUAUAACUUCAGUGAUACGGAUCACAAAGCGAUAAAGCUGACAAUCGAAAAUGAACCGACGGAUUUUAUCCCUCAUGGAAUGGGUCACUAUUAUCUGAAUGGAAAGCUUCAUUUAAUCGUCAUCUCUCAUACUUCUUUUAAGAAAGGAUUUCAACAUCGAAUCGAGAUUCUCGAGUUUAACAAGGAGAAACAGAGCUUAAGCUAUGUGAAAACGAUCAAGGACAAGAGUUUUAUCAAACCAAACGGUCUACACGCAGUUGGGCCAGAGCAAUUCUUUUUCACAAACGAUGGUUAUUAUCAAUCUGAAAUUCUUGGCGCUUUCGAAAUGCUCUUUAAAAUCAAAGGUGGAUCAGUUUAUUAUUAUGAUGGAAAGGAAUCUCAUGCUUUGAUCUCAUCCGAACAAACUCCGAACGGAAUCUGGGCUGAUGUGAAGAGGAAAGUCUUGUAUUAUUCCUCGCCGUUAGGAGAAUUUAUCAAAGUGAUCAAGUUGAGCGAGGACCUAAAAUCGGUAAAAGGAGAGCUCGCACACGUGCCUUUGUUGACCUCACCGGACAAUUUGUUCAUGGAUGAUGAAGGUGCCCUAUGGACCGGCGCUCAUCCAGUUCUCUACAAAAUCGGCGAUAUCCAGGCUUGCUUUGAAGUAGCUGGCAAACCGAAGCCAUCACCACCUCCAUCACAGGUUCUUCGCCUCAAAUUCUCAGAAGAUUUUAAAACGCAUGAGCUGACCGAACCUUACACAGAUGAUGGUCGACAAAUCCCGUGUUCAUCUCAUGUCGUUAUUGAUGGAAAAGGGAAUAUGUUAAUUGGAUCCGUUGGUCUGAACGCUGUCCACUGCAAGUAUACCCCGGAAACGAUCAACGCGCAU